AUGCUGACCCAACCAAAUACACAGUUUUCCUCGUCUUCGACUGCAGCAAAUCCUGUCACGCCUAGUGAGGGGUUACAGCAACCUUCUUCAUCGCAAUUACAACGCCAGCCUGAACAGCAGUCUUUACCAAACCUCAAUAACCAUCACCAUCAUCAUCACCAUCAUCACACGCAUCCACAUCAUCACCACCACCACCAUCUCGAUCCUCACCACCAUCACCAUAUUAUAGAUAACUCUAACCAUCAUCUUCAUCAUCACGCUAAUGAACUCGAGAACAACUCACGGAAUCCAAAUCCUGUAAGUAACGAGAUGUCCCAACAACAACAACAACAACAAUUGGUAAAAUCACUCAGUGAUACGUCAGAUAACAAGGAUGGUAGUAACAACACAGCACUUCUGGCCAUACUGAGUAAACGAAGUAAACCUAAAUUGAACAUUGAACCAAUUGAGUUGAUAAUCAAGGAGCUUUUUCCUCAUAGGCGGUUCCUUGGAACAAUCAUUUACAACCCGACAACGACAUGGGAAACACUUCAAACACGUACGCUUUACGGAUUAAAGCCAUCGCUAAUUUCCCGUUUUGAUGAAAUCAAAAAAGCUUAUAAACAACAAAUGAAAAUUAAUAGAUUACCCACGCGAUAUAUUCCGGUUGUACCACCACUACCUCAAGAGUAUAUCAAUAGUGUGAUUGAUGUCAAGAUUCCAUUUCGAUAUAUUGUUGAGUUCAAGCAAGAUUUCUACAAUGAAAUAGUUAGUAGAGAAUUAUGGGGUGGUGCAAGUGGAGUUUAUACUGAUGAUUCAGAUAUUUUGCAAGUGUUGUUACACAUGGGGUUUUUUAACGACUCUAUCGACCUAAGUACUUGGAAUAAGAAAUGGGAAAAGAGAGAUAUAUUGAGACCUAUCAAUUUAUUAAACCAAUCUGUUAAAGAUUCGAAUCUGCCAGAGAAUAAUAACGAGAAUGGAAAUAAGACCGAUUCUCACCGACAAUUAACUGCUACAACUCCACAACCAAUUGAUCAAGACAUUUAUGGUGAUUUAUCAGUUCAGAUUCUUCUUCUUCCUUCAUUACCAUCGUAUUAUGGAUUUUUCGCCAAUGGAAUAAAUUCUCGUUCGUGGAAUUUGACUCAAUCAACAAACAGUCAACAUACAGGGUUAAGUUUUGCUGUGUAUAAUGUUAAAUGGGAAGAAAGAGGUUCUUAUCUACAUGAACGGAUUUUGAUGCAUGGAGUUGAAUUUGAAAAUGAAGUUGAUUACGAAUUGAAUCAUGAAUCAAUGAGAGCAAAAGGUGGUUGGCAGUUUGAUUAUGAUGCAUACAAGAAAAUAAAAGAAUCCAUAAAAGCGCAAAGCCUGGAAGGUUAA